UCUCGUCUGCGCUCGCUGCCACCUCCAUUUUGUCGGUAGGAUUACAAGGAGCAGCACGCUGAGCUUCUCCAGCCUCUGGGUCGUCGCUACUUGUGGGCUUUGUUCGUCCCGUUCCUCCGCUCUCCCUGGGAGGGGAGGGGGCCUUCGACGCCGAGCAGGAACCGCCGCCCCGAGCUUGAAGUCGGACUUCUCUCAAACUCGUGUGCUGAGGAGACUCCGAUGUUGACCUCAGCUCCUAGGCUGAACUCAGCAGAUCAGCCCAUGAAAACUUGUGUUUUGAGACAAAGGAAAGGCUCUGUCAGAAAACAGCAUCUACUGUCCUGGGCUUGGCGGCAAGGAAGAGGACAAGUAGUGGAAGUCUUGCAAUCUGAAAAGCAGACUGAAAGGUGACAAAGAAGUUGAAGAUGGGUGGUGGAGAAAGGCAUAACAUUCCAGCUCCUCAAUCUAGAAAUGUUACUAAGAACCAACAACAGCUUAAUAGACAGAAGACUAAGGAUCAGAAUUCCCAGAUGAAGAUUGUUCAUAAAAAAAAAGAAAGAGGACAUACUUGUAACUCAGCAGCUACAUGGCAGGUUAUGCAAAGUGGGGGCAAAAACCAAAACUUAAAUAAUCAAAAUUGGAACUCCAGCUUAUCAAGUCCCACCUUACUUUUUAAGUCUCAAACUAAUCAGAACUAUGCUGGAGCCAAAUUUAGUGAGCCACCAUCACCAAGUGUUCUACCUAAACCACCAAGCCACUGGGUUCCUGUUUCUUUUAAUCCUUCUGACAAGGAAACAAUGACAUUUCAACUUAAAACCUUACUUAAAGUACAGGUAUAAAAAGUACUGCUUAAAUUGAGUUAUAUUUAAGGGUACUUGGCCAGUUAUUUUGAAACAAAUUCACCAGGGAAUUGAUCUGUGUAACAAUGUUGACUAAAGUAGAGAAGAUAAAAUUAGACUGAUCUCAGUUAGUGUUGUGUGCACUGUGAUGUAAUGGUAGUAUCAGUGCAAUUUCAACAACUAAUAAUUGUACAUGUACUAAAAAUUCAGUUAACUCCUAAACUUUCAGUUAAAUUUAAAGGAACCAACUUUUUUUUUUUUUUUAAAUUUACUCGGGGAAAUUGGGUCAGACUUGCUGGAAGUUUGAUUUGACUACAGAUGUCUAGCUAAGAUAAAACAAGGAUUGAAAAUUAAAGUGUUUGAAAAUGUAAUAUCCCAGAAACAACCAAACCAGUAAUAUGCCAACAAUCUGAUGCACUGCCAAAAUAAAAUGUGAAUUGCUUUUGCGAGUAGUUACAGUAAGCUGGUAAAAAUGGAAAGGGACACUAGGGGUCGUAUAUAACAAGACCACAUACUCUUUUCAUGUAGUGGUAGUUGCCUGCCAACAAAUCAUUUGGUGGUCAUUGAGUAGCUUUCGAAAUACAUUUUUGUAUUGUACUGCACAAGCUAUUCGACAGUGAUCUGACCUCAAGCCAUCGUGCAGAGGUUGCUUAAGGUAGGGAGUUUUAUAAUGUGGAUUUUUUUAAGUACUUAUAUAGAGCCAUGUAAAUAUAUGUAGUAAACUUGUAUAUGUAAAAAUUUGUUGGACUUUAUCUUAUAGAAAUAAGAGUAUUUUAGUAUGGAUUUACUGAGUGCAAGAACCAUGGACUCUAUACUAUGGCCUAAUUUUAGAGGUCCCAAAGUUUGCCUUUGUGCUUAGUGCCAGUGUAUGCAUGUAUGCUAUGAUCUGGUUAGAAGUUAAUGGAAAAAAACCGCUAAAAAUACUCAUUUUUGAUAGGAAAUGUAGUUUGGGACUGUUAACGUUUCUUACCUAUGCUCAAAGGCUUAACUAUUAAAGGACCCUCCAGCCUUAAGACUUUUGAUUUCACUAAUUUUUGUGACUUAGUGUUUUCAUGCUAGUUUUAUCAGUGAUAAAAUGCAACCUAGGGGACCACUUGUGCAAGCUGAAAUUUCUUACGUAACCACCUUGAUAACAUCACAAAGACCUUGUCUUCUAAUUUGACAUUCCCCAUUUUCCCCAAAUGGAAGUCAACAAGUUUAGUGCUUUAUGUACAUAUGUGGAUCUGAAGCAUGAAAUAAAAA